AUGGUUCUCUUCAAGCGAAAGCCCGUCCAAUUCCUGCCUCCCGCAGAGAUCGAGGAUGAGAAUGCCGAGGUCUGGUACAUCCCCCAAACGGGGGAGAUAUUUGCUUCCUAUGAGGACUACUUAAAUCGCAUGGAUUUCUACAAUCAGCGUCGGUUCAAUGAUCAAAUCACCGGUCACUCAGGCCUGACCUUUUUUGAAGCUUUCAAGAGCGAGCUUGCUGGAGGUAAAGAAGUCGAGGCUUCCUUUCCCGAGGCGCUGAAGGGUCCUAUUCUGCGUAGAGUGCAGUUUCAGACCGUUUCUCGCCUCGAUAACCUCGUCGACCAGAUUUACGAGGAGUUCAAGCUCGACUACUACCCUGGCGAAGAGGUUACAGUGACCUUGGAUGGCGGCGAGCGCGUUCAUGGCUUGGUCCGCGACAAGACGACAUUUGGCCCUCGUGCUCUUCCAGACGGCAGCAAGGCCCUGCCCACGACGCGCUACCUCGUGAACCUCAAGGACUCGGAAAAGGAGACGAUCGUUACUGACGAGCACAUUUGCCGAGACCGAGGUGUCUUUACAAAGGCCAUGCUCAGAUCGUUCAUCAAGAAGACAGUGACUCGCGAUGCGUGGAACGGCGCACCUUGGUUGGUCAAGCAUGAUUAUGCGAGCCAGUACCACAUCGAUACUCGCGUGCCGCCUCACCUUCGAUACGACACCAAGAUUCUGGAGCGCAAGCAGCUUCAGGCACAAAAGCGAGCCCACAUCAACCAUGACACCAACGGUCACAACUUGGUUGCUGCCCUGCACUCGGGUCCUGUGCGAUUACCGGAGCUUAAGCCAGCUCCAAAGAGCAAGGUGAAACCCGGUCAGCAGGGAACCGCAUCCAAGGGACUCAAGUGGCCUGUGAACAUCCCCGUCCAUAGCAACCCGUUCAGCUCCCCUUCGGAUUAUGGGAUUCAGACUCCCAUCCACCGCGACCCCACGCCACCACCACCCCCGCCACCUCCUCCUCCCAAGUACCCGAUUGAGGAUCUACAGCUCGAGCCUCGAACCGAUCGACAGCGCCCUGCUUUGAAGUUCCUCUGCAGAGACCCGCCCGUCAAAGUUCAAAACGGCGAUUCUACCCACAAUGACCUAUCUAAGAACAUUGACAUGUCUUCCGUCGGCCCAUUGCUCGAAACCUGGGACACACUGAACGUGUACUGCGAGGUCUUCAAGCUAGACUCCUUCACAUUUGACGACUACGUCCAAACUCUGUGUGCUGCAUCUGAACAGGUUCCGAUCCAACUUUUCGACGAGAUCCACUGCUCGGUCCUCAAAAUUCUUGUCGAUUCUGAAGCCGAUGGCGGCAAAGUUCGAAUCACACUCCCAGAGAUCGAGGAAGAGGAUAGCGACGAGGAGGAAGACGAGGACACAAGCGCACAGCCUACUCCCGAGCCAGAGCCGAAGCCCGUUGGACGUGCCACUCGUAGCAGCCUUGCCAAACUGGAGGCAGAGAGAUUGGCUGCUGAGGCGGCUGCCGCUGAGAAGGAAAGCGAGGAGGAAACCAAGCACCGUGCCGAACAGCUUCUCCAGGACUACGAUUGGAUCGAACAUCUCCGAAAGCGCGACUUUGUUAACGGUGGUUGGGAACGCAUCAUGGUUGGUUUGCUUCAUCAGUUGUCCAAGAACGAGCGCCAACACGACGCUUGCGAGGAGCUUCUGCUCGAAUUGGUGCCUCCUGGAGUCGAUGCGUCGCAGGAGACAGUGCGACAGCGAUACGCUGAGCUCGAUGUCAACCACCGUGUCAAGGCGCUGCAGAUCAUCUGCAUGUUGACCACUGAGACCAAGGCCAUCCGGGGGUACAUGGAGGAUUGCAGUGAGACCAUGACCACCUAUCGCAAGGAAAAGAUUGACUGGCAGCGGCAGCGCAAGCAAGCCGUUGAGGAGCUUCGUCAUUUGAACGAGCAAAAGAAGCUGAUGUUGCCGGACAACAUGCCGCCUUCGCCACCGCUGAAUCCCCGCGAGGAUGAAGAAGAUGUCAAGAUGGCCGACGCGGACGACUCGCACAUCUCGCGUGAGGCAGAUGGCGAGGAAACAGAGGACGACCCAGUGUCAACGAGAAAACGGCGACGCCCUUUGACGGCUAAGCAACGAAAGCGGGAGGAGGAGAAGGCCCGCAAGGAAAAGGAAAGGGCUGAAAAGACCCCCAAGGGCCCAACUCAGUCAAAGCAAUUCAUCAAGCUACUCAAGGACAUCCAGAAGAAGGAGGAUGUCGUCAAGAAGUGCGAAGAGGAAAUUGCUGUCAUCGACAACGACCUGCGCGAGGCCGACUGCCCACGCACCAGAGUCCUCGGCAAGGAUCGAUUCUGGAACCGUUACUAUUGGUUUGAACGCAAUGGCAUGCCAUACGGCGGUCUUCCCGACAGCUCGACUGCAUCGGCCGACUACGCCAACGGUCUGAUCUGGGUCCAGGGACCCGAUGAGCUGGAACGAGAGGGCUACAUCGACCUACCUACCGAGCUUCAGGACGAGUACAAGGCCAAGUUCAACAUGACGGUUCCCGAGCGAAAGACCAUGGAAGAGGGUGACACGAGCGUCUUCAACGCCUACCAAUGGGGCUACAUCUCUGAACCAGAACAGGUCGAUGAGCUCAUCAAGUGGCUCGACCCUCGCGGUUUCAAUGAGCUGAAGCUCCGCAAGGAAUUGCUCAACUACAAGGAGAAGAUCGCCAAGAACAUGGAGAACCGGAAGGCAUAUCUUGCGAACGAGGACGAAACAGAGAAGAAGGAAGAGUCUCACAAGCGGAUGAGCACUCGCAUUCGAGACAAGACGCCCGAGAUUCCCCACUACCGCUGCCUCAAGUGGGAGAACACGACGGCUCUGGAGGAGUUGGGUCACCUGCACAGCGAUCCUCCACCACCCCCACGAUCUCGCAAGCAGAGCCGGAAGCGAGAGGCAGCUCACGAAGCGCCGGCGCCGGCAGCAAAGUCCCGACGACGAUGA